GAAACAUUUAUAUCAAUAAAUUUGACUGAAAAGAAUCACUGAAUAAUCAGACGACAGUGCGGUAAUCCAUCACGUGACAAAUUGAUUUAGCAUAUAACUUGUGCAACAACAGAUAAAUGUGAAGAAUUGGUUGCUGAACUAACUGGAAAUCUAUAUCAUUUUAGAAAACAAACAGUAACAGAAAAGUCAUGGUUCAUAUUAUGUAUAUACUCAUCACAUUGACAAUAUGCCUAACAUCUACACGAGCUGCAAAAUCAGGCAAGAUGACAACGAAGAUUUUUACGGCACCUACAGGCACUGGACGUAUUCUAGGUCCAAAUGGCACCAUAUAUAUCCCAUGUAAUGAAUGUUUUGGUGUGGGUGUUAAGACUAACCCUACGGUGGAUCCACUUUGUUGGCAAGGUUGUGGUGUGUUUAAAGUCUACACAACAGCUGGUCCUACACGAGUAGCACUAGCAAUGGCUAGAAUGAUGAGACGUGACGAUAACUUGCCUUUAGAUGAAACAAGAAGUUCCAAGAAGUUUAAUAUUAAUUUCGUUUAUGUUGGCGUUGGUGCAUUGGUUUUGAUUAUUGUGGCUUCAAUUUGUAUCGUGGUCGAAAGAAAAUUAGGACAAAGAACAAUUUCUUCUAAACCUGAUGAUGAAUCACUUUCAGUUAUUAAAUCGGUUUAAUUAAAAAAAAGUGUGUCGUAUCAUUAAAAGUUGCCUUUUACAAACUUCUAGAAAUGAGAAAAAGCAAAUUCAUAAAACUUAAUUCAUACUUUAUAAAAAUAUAUAAAUAAAUACUUUAUUUAUUGUAAUUUUCGCGCGUAAUGUUUUUCAGGCAACGGAUUUGAAUUGAAAUUUUGUACGCAUUAGUUUUCGCUACAAAAAUUAAAUAUAAUUUAUCACGUAUUAAUUUUGCGCAAGGUUGUUUUAAAUGAAUUUUUUUUAUCUAUAUCUUGUUUUCAGGCAAUGAAAGAAGCUCAUUCCAGUAAGGGAAUAGAUCGUUUGCGGAAAAAAAGAUUGUUGAAUUUUAGUUUGCGAAUAGCACUUCGAGAAUUGAGCAAAGUGCAGAAUGAAAUAUUUAGAAUGCGCAUGUUUUUAUUGACAUUACUAGAGUAAAGAUUGCGGAAUUGCAACGUUAAAUAGCUAUUGUUUUGCCUAUGACAUAUAGCUGUAGUGAUUUUUAUGUUCAACUUACAGAAAGAUUACAAACCAGAUGAGUAAAAUGCAAAAUAAAACAUUUCGAAAUCCAAGUCAGAUUCAAAAACAUCAAUUCCGCAUUAACUUCUUCCUUUAAUGUAUAAUAUUUUUGCGAAACUUAUAUCUUCCAGGGUAGUAAUUUUUGUGCACACUUCUUUGUGCGUAUAACCGCACUAGACUUACUGUGAAACAUGAUGCAGUGUUCCCGUUUCCAUUUUUCGCCCGUGGAUCGAAAACUUUUCACUGCAAGAGGUAACACUGUUUCAAUACCAUCAUUUUAACGUCGCUCAUACGUCACAAAUUUUUUUUUAUAAAUAACUAAUUAUACAUUUAAAAAAGAUAUUUCUUAACUAAACGUUUUAAGUUUAUGUAACAUCAUUUUAUCAUGCCAUCGCUUCUAUUGUAAAAAAGCUAUUGUCUUAAUAAAAA